AUGGGCCUGCGAGAUGUCGGAGACACAGCCAACGAUACCGCGAUCUUGGACGAUUCGGACGACGCCAUCUCGCUCUUCUCAGACCCUUCUCAACCCGUGUCAUACCUCGAAAGCAUGCCCGAGGAAAUCCUGGAGCUGAUCUUCUCCUACGUAACAGUCGAUCAUACUGCCGACCCGUACGCCCGUCCACAUGUCGACCUGGCAUCGUGCUCCCUUACCUCGUCCAAGCUCCAUUCCGCAGCAUUACGAGUCAUGUAUCGACAUGUCUCCAUCCCACAAUCAAGGGCCUUCGCCAAAUUCAUGCGCAGCCUUAGCAGCGACAAGACUCUCGGCGAGAUGGUGCAGUGGCUGGACUUCUCUCAUUACUCCAACAUGGGCUUUGGCAGUGCCAGGACGACCCGGAACCAGACUCCCUACUUAACACCAACUACCCUCAAGGCAUGUCUAGAUCUUCUGCCAAAGCUACAAGCCUUCCUUGUUCAUGAACAUAUCGACGAUGAGCUCGACACCGAAAUCAUUUCCAAGCUCUUUAGCAUGCCACUCAUGACGGCUUUGGACUUUUGUGCCUGCUCCUCCCGGCCUUUUGCCGAAGCGUUUACGAGGGUGUGUACCAAUAUGGGUGAGGAUCUUUUGACCAAUCUCAAGGGUCUGUCUCUCCACGAAUGCACUACUUUGCAAGAGCCCGUCUUUGAAGCUUUACUCCCAAGACUGGACAGUCUCACUCACCUUGACGUUGCCCACACUCUUAUCAACAGCUCCGCUUUGUCUUCUAUUCCGGAGACUGCUAGAAUCACUCAUCUCAACCUCGAGAGAUGCACACACCUACGUGGGUCAGAGGUUGUCAAGUUCCUCACUACUCAUCCUGCAGUCAAGGACAGCAUCGUCUACCUGAACCUUGCUUCAGAUGCCUCUCGUCACCGCCUCCUGGCUGAGAAUGAUGUGACGACCCUUCUGGCCAAUCUCCCGCCUACCCUACGAUCGCUGAACCUAGGCGGAGCCAGAGUCAACGCUGGCCACAUCCCAGCCCUGUGCCAGUUGACUACCCAUGUUGAGGAGCUCGGCCUUCGUGGUGCAAACCUGAGUCUCGGUGCAGACAUCAAGCGCCUCUUCAAGGCAGAAGAAGAUGACGACACAGAUUCCGACGCAAGCUCAGUCUCGAGCGACGAGGACUCCGAUCUCGAAUCCAAUCUUCCAUCCACCUGCAGUCUGCGCUACAUCGAUCUGACCGACAUCAAAUCCGUCACUCAGAUGUCGCUAUCAUACUCCCCAUCCUCUCUCAUCGGUCUUGACACUCGUCCACUCGAGGUCAUCGAGCUGGGUUCCGACGUUCUCCAGGAGAUCAAGCGCCGUAAUGCCCAAGUCAAGAAACCAGACUGGGUCGUAAAGGAGCUAGGUCGCAGAGGUUGGUACGUUCGCCAACCUGUCGAUAGUGCCAUCGAAUCACCCGUCGUCGACGACGGCUCCAGACCCUGGAAGAUGGGCGCUCGAUGGUGGGGCAUGAGGAAGAUCCCUCUCGUUGAGCAGGAUGUCGGCGGCAUGUACGGAUACUUCAUGUUCAAGCGAUCCUAA